UUGGUUGACUUGCGCAGGCAUCUAGAAUCAUGCAAAGAAACAGUUUGAAAAAUUAGCAGACGUGACAGCUCAUAUUGAAAGAAUACUCUCACACUAACCAUUCGAUUGAAAUAUGAAACUUGGAGCAACCAUCAGAUUCUGUCCAGUGAAUUUUUAAAAAUUAAUUCGUGAAUUUUAAAUGACUAAAGACAGGAGCUGGAAUAGUGAAUAAAUCAAGUGGUUAUUGACACUCCUUUAUAAAAAAAAGAAUACAAAUCGAAAAAUUAGCAUCAUUGGUCAGGUGUAUUUGACACAAGUGAGAGAUGAUGACGUUUGAAUAGUAAGUGUACACGAGCAUUCCCUCUCCACUUUUAAAAAAUUAAUUCCCCUCCUCUGAGAUCAUGGCAAGGCUGGAUGGGGACAUAAAAUCGUAUUGGCGACCACGACCCAGAGUUCGUCAGUCAGUUGCCUUAGCGAUGGCUCUAACUGGGAUGGUUGGCAUACUAAUAGCUGUCCUUGCGCUUCCGCAGAAUAGCGUCGUUGCAAACGGCCAGAAAUUCAAUUCGCCUUGGCAUUAUGAGUGUGACGGUGGUUUAUGCAAAAAAAAGGAGUUAACGAUAGAUGUGGAGGCUCCACAGUCGUUGGAGGUCUGUCAGCUUUUUUGCGGCGAAGGAGGUGCACUCUGGCCGAAACCCACCGGUCACCUAUCUUUAGGAAACUAUGUGGCUCAUUUGGAUCCUGAGAGGAUUAGCCUGCGGGGGAUCUAUGAGAGAUCUCCUGCUGGACACCUCCUUCAUAGGAACAUUCAACUUUUGAAGAGAAAUGUUAAGAAAAUUGGAGGAGCACUUGUUAAGAGUGGCGGAUUGGCUUUAGGAAUUGAGAUCGCUGGGAUAAAGAACACUUAUGAUACAAGGAUUACAGUAAAUACGAGAGAGAAUUACACCCUACACAUCCAUCAGCCGGAUAGUGAAAGAUUGAUGGCAAAGAUCCUCGCGGACACUUACUUUGGUGCUCGCAAUGCAUUGGAAACUCUCACCCAAUUGAUUGUCUACAAUGAUUUUCGUAAUGAAGUCCAAAUGGUGAGAGAUGUCUACGUAAUUGAUGCUCCUGUCUACCCCUACCGAGGAAUCCUCCUCGACACCAGCCGUAAUUUCGUGGAUAAAAUCACAAUCCUUCGCACGAUUGAAGCCAUGGGAAUGUCCAAAUUGAACACUUUCCACUGGCACAUAACAGACUCUCACAGCUUCCCCUACUCCAGCAAGAGUUAUCCAAAUCUACAAAGGUAUGGAGCAUACUCUCCCGUCAAAGUCUACACAGAAGAGGACAUCAAAGAAAUCAUUGAUUUCGGACUCAUUCAUGGGGUCAGGGUGCUCCCAGAGUUCGACGCCCCGGCGCACGUGGGCGAAGGGUGGCAGUGGGCGGGGGACAAUGCCACAGUUUGCUUCAAGGCUGAUCCUUGGAAGAACUAUUGCGUUGAACCCCCCUGUGGACAAUUAAACCCCACAAGUGAGACCGUGUACGAAAUUCUUGAUGGAAUUUAUAGGGAUAUGAUCGAGGACUUUUCUCCCGACAUCUUUCAUAUGGGAGGAGAUGAGGUAAACAUCAACUGCUGGAACUCUUCGUCUGCUAUUCAAGAGUGGAUGUUGAAGAAAGGCUGGAAUUUGUCUGAGUCCAGUUUCAUCGAUUUAUGGGCCACCUUCCAAGAGCGAGCCUAUCAGAAACUGAAGCUGGCUAACAAUGGGAAGGAUAUUCCGGUUAUUCUCUGGACCAGUGGGCUUACAAGUGAGAGUAAUAUCCACCAUUUGGAUCCUAAUAGAUAUAUAAUUCAAAUUUGGACGACGGGGAGUGAUGCUACUAUUGGACGACUGGUUAAGAAUAAUUUCAGGAUGAUCUUCUCCAAUUAUGACGCACUUUAUCUCGAUUGCGGCUUCAGCGCAUGGGUAGGUGAAGGCAACAAUUGGUGCACCCCCUACAAAGGCUGGCAGAAGAUAUAUGAGAACUCCCCCUUACAAAUGAUCAAGUCGCAAGGAUUCGAUGACUCGAAAAAACAUUUAAUUCUCGGUGGAGAGGCAACAUUGUGGACCGAGCAGGCGGACAGCGCGUCGAUAGACUCUCGACUGUGGCCAAGAUCAGCAGCAAUGGCUGAAAGACUCUGGAGUGAGCCGGGGUCCUGGAUCCAUGCAGAACAGAGAAUGCUCAGACAUCGUGAACGUCUAGUCAAACGUGGAGUGUUUGCUGAUAGUCUGGAGCCCGAGUGGUGUCUGCAGAAUCAGGGAAGCUGUUACGCUUAAUUCUAUGUAAUUAACUCGACCAUUAAUGUACAAUUAAUUAAUUAAAUAAUGUAA